AUGCUCAAAACAUUUAGGAAAACACCCGAACUCUUAGGUAACCUUCAGAGUCGUUUGAUAUUUCCUGAAAAACUGAAAGGUACAGUUAUUGAAAAAUUGGCCAAAUUUUGGAAAAAUCUAUAUAUUGAUUACAAGCAGAUGUUACAAGAUUUACGCUCCGACAUUCAAGACGAUCCAAAGAAGGCAAUAAUUUGGUGCACAAGUUUAGCAACGGCUUACGGUUUAGCCAGAAACAACCCAUCUGAAAUUGACUUUAAGGAUAGAGUCAAAAGUGUUACAAAUGAAGCUAUUUUAAUAAGUGAUGGUUGCAGAAACGAAAAGUCUAUAGAACAUUUAAGAUUCAUACAACAGUGUUAUAAUGAAGGUGUACUGCAUUAUAUUAGUUUGGGUAUUGUCUCCUUCAUGUAUACUUCCAAAUUCAACGAUGGAUGUGACAUAUAUAAAGCCCAUUGUUCAUAUUUAAAACCUUCCUAUUUAAAUGCUUUAUCAAACAUUGCCGAUGUUGGAAUUAUGGGAAGGUGGUGGAACAUUCAUAUUAAAACUACAAAUUAUGAUAUUAGUAUGUAA